AGAUACUCGCCACUGUCUUGAUAUCUCUCUGCUUAUCGUGCACACCUCUAAGCGGUCCAAUUGAAGGCGUUAAACGUCGUGGGGUUGCUUGAUGGUAGAGUUUAUAAGACAAUAUCCCAUUUUUUUUAGCUGGACAAAUCGCAACUAAAUGUAGUUUAGAUCAACUCAUUGCAGUAAUUUUAAAGGUCACAAUGCGGAUGAGCGUUGAUCACUUCGAUAGUUGUUCUUCAGACGUAGAGUAAGCACAGGAGUACUAGCACAGGAGUAUUUUGGUGAUAUACCGUGUUUGAAGUUCCACAGUAAAGUAUCCUACUGAAGCCAUGAUUAGUAAAGGAGAGUGAUGGUAUUUCGAUAAAGGGAAGUCGGUCAGAUAUUUUGGAUGCUCAUUUCUCGCAUGAUUUUAAAAGGCAGGCAAUUCUCUUCGUACAUUAACGAUGACUAGAUGUCUGGUCAUCAACGUCAGACCCCGGGGUCGCACGAAAUUUGUCACGGUGGGGGCAUCACAUGAGGUUGUUCUUUAACUCUUGUAAGCAGAAUGCCAACUCGCACUGAUCUACCUCAUCCGUGUGCUAUCGCUUUAGAAAGUUCUACAGUUUGUGAACGUAGGCAAUUCUCUAAGCACUUAUUCAGGCUCCCCUGUCCAAUGACAGAUAAAUUUCUACCACCAAGCAUGAGCUCAUGCGCAGUCCCAGAAGAUGUGCUCCAUAAUCUUCUUGGUAUCGCGACAGCAUUCGAACUAUUGGGCAAUGUUUUCGACUAGACGUGUCGAAUGAUGUAGGUUAAAUGUCUGAAUGCUGCUGGAUAGCAGACCCGAACAUGGCACCCCGUUAAUCCGUUCUGUUGAUUCCAUUACUCCUUGAUAUCUUAAUUUAGGGCCGUUAAUUGCCAGCUUUGCCGCGUGUUGUGGCUUAUCCUCUGUUUCAGCAAGGAUUCUCCUUCACUUCGGUACUUCGUUAAAAACAGCUUUCUUGAUUUCCUUAAAGACAUGCCUGUUAGCUACUGACCGUGGUAUUGUCCGCAAAGGAGCAUGAAGGCUGGGAUAAGCCAUGAAUAUACUCUUCUUAACCUCGUUGCUGUAGCGUCUUCAUAUCUUUCUUGGGCUCCGAAGUGUGCAUCGCCGAGUCGUGCAACUGUCAAUGACGUUGCUGAAUCAGCUCGAUUGGAACUUGCUGUUUGUCGGUCGCUCUACCGUUAUCUCCACUACUUCCCGCUUAUAUUUAUUAACGGUGGUACCUCAUAUCCUAUUCGUAGUGUCUGCUGAUGCUUAGUUGUGGAAUACUUCUGAACACCCCGAUGCUACACUGCCAAAGCUUCGCUUGUAUUUGUCUACCAUCUGCGCUAACGUCAUGCUGAAAUUGACUCUCCCGCUUGCGUGGCUCUCUGUGGUAAUACUCAUUGCCGUUGCUGCUCGGCUGCGUUUUCUCUUUAUGAGCUACUUGUUCUUCAUCGUCGUGGCAUACGUCUUUGUCAGCCCUGCAAGCUCUGGCGAUCUCUGACUUUUUGUGGUCGUAGUCGUUAGUUGAGUUCAGCUCAUGAUUCUCUAUUUCUUCCUCUGACUGUUGCGUUUCUGGUACUAUGGAGUCUUGGCUUAGCCCUACAUCCUCUCGAUCUUUCGAAUACCGACAGCUGGUACUGGUCUGCCGGAGCAUUGCUGGGUCUACUGCUG